UAAUAAUUUUAUCAGGGUCUUGUUCUUGUGAUCAAUGCCCUUCGAGUUUACUAUGGGAGUUGGGUUGGCGACUGGACAGAGGUGCUUCUGAUUGGACCAGUGUGUGUGGCACUUCCACUCAUCCCACUGGGUCUUCCCCUAGCCUGGCUCAUGCUCAACUGGCUGGGUAUAGCACGCAUCCUCACCAUGUAUCAUCAUGCCAAUAAUCUGCAGAGUGAUCCAGUGGAAGAUCCUUUCGAGGAUGCAGAACUGGAGGCCCUGCAGUUGUCUGAGAUGUCCGUCAAGUGGGUGGAACUUCGGAAGCACUUCCUCCUUACCAUAUGUGGCAAGGAACCAUCACCCAUCAGAACUGCCAAUGUUCUUCAUGUUUUAGCUUCAGUAACAAAUCUGUGCUGUGUAGACAAGAAGGGGGUUCUCUCCUGGCCCAAUCCUACUGCGGAGAAAGUAUUCUUUCUUAAGAACAGAGCUCAUAACAAUCUGUCAUCCAGGUAUGUAUUAAUCCCAGGGAAAUAUUUUAAUAAAACAUAG